CCAUGGACAUCGCCAUCCACCACCCUUGGAUGCGGCGGCCCUUCGGCUUCCCGCCGCUCUUCCCCUCCCGCCUCUUCGACCAGCGCUUCGGCGAGGGGCUGCUGGAGGCCGACUUGUUCUCCGGCAUGGGCACGCUCAGCCCUUACUACAUGCGGGGGCCCCUGCCCCACUUCCCCGAGACCGGCCUCUCCGAGGUGCAGAUGGAUAAAGACAAGUUCUCCGUCCACUUGGACGUGAAGCACUUUUCCCCAGAAGAGUUGAGCGUGAAAGUUGUGGGAGACCACAUCGAGGUGCAUGCCAAACAUGAGGAGCGCCCGGACGAGCACGGUUACAUCUCUCGGGAGUUCCACCGCCGCUACAUGAUCCCCAAGGGGGUUGACCCCGCUUCGGUCGUCUCGGCACUGUCUCCAGACGGGAUCCUCUCCAUCACGGCCCCCGUUGCCCAGGCUGCUCUUCCACAGGAGCGCAACAUCCCUAUCAGCCGCCAGGAGAAGCCCGCGGUCGCUGGAAAGUAGUUGG